GUUCCCAGGCUGAUUGUGAUUCUGUAGACCCAGAAGCCAGACUGGAGUGGGCCAGAGAAAGAGAAGGAGACUUAUUUCGUUCCAAAACGGCAUCUUCCUUUUAUCGAGUUGUCUUAGUAGUCAGCCUCUGUGCUCCCAUCUAUUGUGCGCCCCCAUCUGGUCCCUCCAGCAGAGGGGUCCCCCUUCCUUCCUCCACAAAGAGCAGCCCCGCCUUUCAAAUGUCUUCCAGCAACACCAACUUCGCCUUCCGACUAUACUGGAAGCUGGUGCUGAAGACCCCAAGUAAGAACAUCUUCUCCCCGAUGACUGUCUCUGCUUCCCUGGUUAUGCUCUCACUAGGGGCCCGCUCAGCCACCAAGACCCAGAUCCUCCAGAGCCUCGGCUCCAACCUCACACACACGUCAGAGCCUGCCAUCCACCAGGGCUGCCAGCUCCUGGUCCACGCACUCAGUGUCCCCAGCAAAGACCUGGACUUGAAGAUGGAGAGUGUCCUCUUCAUCAAAAAGGAGCUGCAGAAAAAUUUCUAGGACAAUGUCGAGAGGCUGUAUGAGUCAGAAGUCCUCUCUACAGAUUUCUCCACCACCUCCACUGCCCGGGAGAGGAUCGACAGCUACGUGGAGAAGGAGACCAAAGGAAAGGUUGUGGACUUAAUCCAAUGCCUUGAACUUCUGACAGCCAUGGUCCUGGAGAACCACAUUUUCUUUAAGGCCAAGUGGGAGAAGCCCUUUAACCUUGAAGAUGCAAGUAAAAGCUUUCCAUUCCUGGUGGGCAAAGGAACCACUGUGCAGGUCCUGAUGAUGCACCAGGUGGAGCAAUUUGCUUUUGGGGUGGAUCUGGAGCUGAACUAGAAGGACUACAGUGGAGAAAUCAUGGCCUUCUUUGUCCUCCCUGGCCAGGGCAACAUGAGGCAGCUGGAACAGGCCUUGUCAGCCAGGACACUGAGGAAGUGGAGCCACUCACUCCAGAAGAGGUGGAUAGAGGUGUUGAUUCCAAAAUUUUCCAUUUCUGCCUCCUAUGAUCUAGAAACCAUCCUCCCAAAGAUGGGCAUCCAGCAUGCCUUUGACAAAAAUGCUGAUUUUUCUGGAAUCACUAAGAAAGACUUUCUGUGGGUUUCCAAAGCCACCCACAAGCCUGUGCUGGACAUCAGAGAGGAGGACACCGAGGCCACAGCAGCCACAGCAGCCACAGCCACCAAGCUCAUGCUCUGGUCAAAGGAUGGCCCAUCCCACUCUAUCAUCCGUUUUAACAGGCCCUUCCUGAUGCAGAUUAUAUAGAGAUCCACAGAGACCACUCUCUUCCUAAGGAAAGUGGGAAAUCCCACUGAGUUCUAG